GCAGCGGACUGGUUUCCCUCACGCACCUCCUGAAUAUCUCACAUGAACAGUCUGAAGGACGCCAGCAGACCUUUCCUACCUGUGCGCCUACAGCGCGGGUCAAAGCAACUGUGCUGUUUCUUCGUCUAAAUUGUUUCCUCCGCGGUUUCCUGCCCACAGCUUUUGGAUUACGGAAAAUAACAAGCAACUCUCGAAAUCAUGGAAUUUUGGGUAAAGUUGAUGUUGCUGUACAGCUGCUGGUUCGGAGCAAGCGCAGACUUUGAUGGCAGGUGGCCACGGCAGAUGGCCUCGUCCAACGGCCUGUGUCGAUACGGGGCCAGGGUGGACUGCUGCUGGGGAUGGACACGUCGCUCCUGGGGUCAUUGCCAGCCUCUCUUCGCCUUAACUCGCAGAGUAGUCGGGAUAAGGUGCCAGCCCCAAGCUGUGUGCCAACCUGGCUGUAAGCACGGAGACUGCGUGGGACCCAAUAAGUGCAAGUGCCAUCCUGGCUUCACUGGCAAGACCUGCAAUCAAGACCUGAAUGAGUGUGGACUGAAGCCAAGGCCCUGUAAACACAGGUGCAUGAAUACAUAUGGGAGUUACAAGUGCUACUGCCUGAAUGGCUACAUGCUGAUGCCUGAUGGGACCUGUGGAAACGCUCGCACUUGUGGCAUGGCCAACUGCCAGUACGGCUGUGAGGUGUUGAAAGGAGAGGUCCGAUGUCAAUGUCCAACGCCAGGGCUGCAGCUGGCUCCGGAUGGAAGAACCUGUGUGGAUGUGGAUGAGUGUGUGGCAGGAAUAGCAGUGUGUCCCAGGUUCAGGAAAUGCAUCAACACCUUUGGUAGCUACAUCUGCAAGUGCCAUGAAGGGUUCGACCUGCAAUACAUCAACGGGAAAUACCAAUGCAUAGAUGUGGAUGAGUGCUCUUUAGGUCAGAGCCACUGCAGCAACUUUGCCACCUGCUACAACACGCCAGGCUCAUACAAGUGCAAAUGCAAAGACGGCUACAGGGGGAUGGGCCACGACUGCAAACCCAUUCCUAAGGUGGUUAUUGACCCCCCGAGACCAGGAAAACCGCCUCCAAAUCAUCACAACUACAUCCCCGACUUAGAUCAGAAGAGGACCACCACCAUCCGCCCAGCUGUGACACAAAAGAGAAUCUUCCCUGUUAUCCCCAAAUCAACACCUGCCACCACAACUACAACAACCACAACCACAACCAAAGCACCUCUGCCUCCACGCAGGCCAUCAUUUCCCACACGGAAACCCUUUGUCCCCACCAGGAAGCCACCAACACCCACACGAAAGCCUUACAUCCCACCAAGGCCAGUAGCUCCCACCAGACGGCCUCCGUCACCACCACUGGUCACCCCUGUGGACAACACCAUCCAGAAGGAGGUCACCAAACAGAGAGGGGAUGUCCACAUCCCUCGGAAUCACGACCAUAACACCGUCCUUGGGAUCGACUUUGACAUUGAGCUUGGCAACACGGCGGAUGAAGCCAAGGAUGACCCAGAGUCGGGGUAUCUGAGCUGCUCCUUUGAUGAUGGUCUUUGUGGCUGGAUCAGAGACAAAGAUGGAGACUUGCACUGGGAGACGACGCCUGAUCCAUCAGGUGGGCGAUACCUCACCAUUCCUGAGGUGGGAAAUAAGAGAACUGGACGAGGGGCCCGGCUGGUCCUCCCGCUGACCCCGCCCUGGAACGAUGGCAAUCUUUGUCUGUCGUUCCGGCACAAGCUGGCAGGCCACCAUGUGGGCAUGCUGCAAGUGUUUGUGAAGAAGGGAAAGCAGUACAGUCCAGCAGUCUGGGGAAGAACAGGUGGAAAUGGCUGGAGGCACACCCAAAUAACAUUAUGGGGAACAGGCCUGGAAAGUGUGAUCCUGAAGGGGGAGCGUGGGCGAGGCAGGAGCGGAGAGAUGGCUGUGGAUGACAUCACCCUGAGGAAAGGCUCCUGCACAGAGGAGCACAAUCUAAGGAGACUCUGAUAGAAUACAGAAAGGCAGAAAGAACACAAGAGGGAAAAUCAUCUCAAAGAGAAGUGACUCUGUUGUGAACCCCCCUCGCUCUGCCUUGGCUGACCACUCCGCACCCCCAACGCAUCCUCCAGCCAUCCUGUGAACAAUAACCAACAAAUUGUGCUUCUGCAGAACAGUGGGUAUCUCUUUCUUGAUUGUCCAUGAAUAAAAAGAUUGAACUGAAUCUCAUGGGCGUAUCCCAGCAGUACGCCCUCGUCUUCUCAGCCUCCCUCUCACUCCAUCACCUCGUUACUCUGAAACCUGCAUGUACCUACUUACCAUGGAAAUGUCCUCCACCUAACACUGCCCUGGCAGCCCUCCAGCCACACUGCUGAGAGGCCCACAUUCACUUCAUUUCUUCCUGGAGAGAGGAUCGUUCCCUCACCAAGGGGUCUGCUUUUGCCUUGCUUUGAUCCUUAACCACAAGCCAUUGCUUUUUAUUUGCUUGACAUUAAAACAUGUGGCCAGAGGUGCAUUUUGUGACUGUCGUGAUCAGCAAAAUAUCAGAGGAAAUAUACAUUUCGGAAUUUCUUUUGGGAUUAGGAAUUGAAAGAAUAAAGACAAACUGUAUUUGUUAUCAUUAUGUCAAAUCUGAUCAAGACCCACAUCAUAAAACCAACUAGAAAGUCAGUUUAGUCUUGCUUUUGUUGGUCCAAUAUGAGUUUUUGGUAUUGCUACAGCACAGUUUUGACAGAAAGAGCACAGCUCAUCUUUUGUUAUCACAGUAUUUCAAAGAUCUGCUUGGUAGAAGAAAGCUUGAAAUUUUAGCACUUUUUCUACCCUGACCUUUUAUUAAAGCCUCCUGAAGUUGUUCAGACACUCUGCAAUCAUGUUUUUCAGAUACUUGAAAUGUGUCAAACAGAAUCCGUGUAUGAUUUUUGACACCUGCAAAUCAACAGUUACUUUCUAUUAUAUAGUACAGUAUGUGCUUUGUUAUAUUAAGUGCAGUUUGUUAUAAAAUAUACCAACAACUUUUUAGGCUUUCACAAAUUGUGUUAUUGUAAAUGUAGUUGUGUGUACAUACUUGAAAGUUUCAUCCCAUUUGUUGUGUGGUUUAUACAUUAUGUGUAUUCAUAUAUGAAUAUUAAUUGGAUUUAAAAAUGGUUGGUAUUUCAACUUUUCAUUCAAUAUCAUGUAUACAGAUGGAAACCUUGUUUAGUUCAAGGCUGUGUUUAAAGUGCACAAAAUAUGUGUGUCCAUGUGUUAUGGUAUAAUGCUCUGUCUGUAACCUGCAAAGCACAUAGUUGCAUAUUGUAUGCUGUGAUAAUGAAGGGCAUCGGCUGGAAUUGUAAGGUUUUCUGUAUGCAUGGGUGCAUUCACCAUAUUCAUAUUUAUCCAGACCAGUAUGUAAAUAAAAAAAUACAUUU